AUGAAUGUAGACCAUGAAGUUAGUCUCUUGGUGGAGCAGAUCCACCGUCUUGGCACAAGAGACAAGGAUGGGAAACGGAAAGUAAAAAUUGGUGUAUUAUUUAAUGAUGACCAAUGUGCCAAUUUAUUUGAAGCCAUGGUUGAAACUCUAAAAGCUGCCAAACAUAACAAGAUUUUCCCCCAUAUUUGUGGUGUGGUCUCUUUACGGGAGACCAUUGCAGAAACUACCAGGACUUUGGUCCCAAGAGGGUUAAAUCCCAGGUGA